AUGCACAUAAUAAGAGGGGACCCCGAGUUCUCCACUACCUACGUGAUGGAUAGAAACUAUUGUUGGUUGAUUGGAAAUUGCGCUCGUCGGACAAAAUGUUGCACCAGCUCUGCAAGUAAGAGGCUGGGUUGGUGA